AUGCAUUCGUACAUGUCGAAUAUCCUUUAUCAUAAUAGAGUUUUGGCAGCAAUAAAAGCGAUGGAAGUUGGAAUUGUUGGAAUCGAAGUCUCCAAUGAUGGAGCUCGCCAACUUUUUCUCACAUUAGGCCAGACAACAUUGCAGAAUUUCUUGGUGUUUGCUGUUCGAGGGGAAAUUCUGGUUUUAUUUGACAGGGUGAUACGGAAGGGAACCGAAGUUUUCAAGGUCUCAGCCCAUGGUGCGCAAGCUGUUCUGGUUGGGAGACCUGUUGUCUUCGGGCUGGCAGCGAAGGGAGACAAUGGAGUGAGAAGGGUGAUCGAAAUGCUGAAGGCUGAGCUUAAGCUCACAAUGGCCCUUUCUGGGCUCUGGCUGUCCUGUGGACUGGCAGGACAAGCCUCUGGAUUACCAGAACUAAUGGCAUGGAUUGCUCCUGAACUCAACUGUGGGCUCAUUGGGGUGACCCUACUUGUGAAGGUGAAACAACAGCCUGUAGCGAUGAAGUUGUUUCUUGCUGCUGCAGUAGCAGCUGUUGAUGUUGCUGAGGCUGUAAUUGUUGUUGCAGUUGUUGUAAUUGUGGCUGCUGUAAUUGUUGCUGUUGCUGCUGCUGCUGCUGAUGUAAUUGCAGUUGCUGCUGCUGCUGCUGGUUCAUAUAGUGAUUCAUCCCUGCCAUCAUCUUUGCUGUUCCAAGUCCCAUCAUCAUUUUCCUUUGCUGCAUCUGGGGCAGCUGCUGCUGCUGCUGCUGCUGCUGCUGUUGCUGCUGCAGCUGCUGCGACUGUUGCUGCUGCAGCUGCUGCGGUUGAUGCUGCUGCUGCUGUGGUUGAUGUUGCUGUUGCUGCUGCUGUUGAUUCUGUUGAUGCUGUUGUUGCAACAUCUGGAGCUGAAGAGAAGAGGGCUUGUUUACCAUAUGAGAGAGUGGAUUUGACGAAAGCACCAUUGGUGACCUUUGAAACUGUGAAUUAUGUUGAUGAAUCAAGGCAUGUUGAUUUUGCUGCUGCAGCUGCUGUUGUGGUUGCUGUUGUUGUUGCUGCUGCAGAAGAGAGAGCUGUGGGUCUACUUGUUGUGGUCUUGCAGGCAUUGAAACCCCAGACACGAGACUUUGGGAGAUCUGUAAUGCCUGAGGAUUUCCAGGAGGAGCUUCCUACAAUUGUUGAUUCCGAUAUUGAUCUGUCUCUUGAUAUUUCUUCAUCAAGAGAUGUAGCUCCUCAUGAACAGCCUCUUGAUGAUCAUGUUUACCAAUCCACCAUUCCCUUGCUCGCGAAGAAACCGAGGAUAGUGGUAGAUUGA